CAUAUGCAUUAGUGCUUAGUAUAUAUUCUCAUCUCCUAAACUACUCAUUCAAUAAUAAUUUUCUAGUCAGGCAAGAGAUAGAGAUCUAUGUACUAUCACAAAAAUUAUUAUGGCGCCCAACAGAGAAAACCUAAUAAUGGUUGGCUCAUCCUCAAGAGAGAAUAAGCAAGAAAAUAACUUGACAAAUAGUUGUGAGGCGCCGGCAAAGCUCUCAAUGGAAAGUCUUCAAAGAACAAUAUCUGACAUCUCACUCGAGCUCAUGAUGACCAAAGAACUAGCCUCUAACAUGGAAGGUACCGACAAAGACGAUGAUGAUCAUCACAAAAAUAACAAGGACCUCCCGGCCAUAACGGAGGAAGAGGAGCUGGCCAAAUGCGAAUGCUGUGGCAUGGCCGAAGAGUGCACGGCUGACUACAUAAGCCGCCUACGGCGCAAGUACUCGGGGAAGCUAGUGUGUGGGAUUUGCGCGGAGGCGGUGAACGAAGAGAUGGAGAAAAAAGGAGUGACAAGAGAAGAGGCGUUGAAAGAGCACAUGAGCGCUUGUUCCAGGUUCAACAAGCUUGGCAGGACUCAUCCUCUUCUCUACCAAGCCGAAGCUGUCAAACAAAUUUUGAAGAAGAGUUCAAUAAGUGGUAGGGCUAGGUCUCUCAGUCCUAGGGAUUAUAAAGGGAUUAAUUCUUCUCAAAGGAAAAGUGCUGGAGUUCUGGCUAGGAGCUCCAGUUGUAUUCCUACCUUAGUUAAGAAUGACCUAGAUUAAUAUAUAUAUUAUACAAAAUCAAUUAUAAACGUAUAUGCGAGUGUGUUCUUUUUUCUUUUUGUGUUCAAUAUUAGUAUAUUAGUGAGCUAGAAGUGUUCUCUAGAAAUUCAGUACGUGGCAAGGGGUAGACUGGCCAUGCAUGGGGGAUGAUCUCACUGUUGAGGGGUCAUGCGGAUGGGAGGCUCAGUGCUGUCUCGGCUGGUUUUUCUCUGCUUUUCUGUGUUGUGUCUGUCGUUGUGGAUGUGGCUCACGGGAAAGGUGGACAGUAAUUGAUGUGACUCACUAUAUCUUGGGUCCGACUGGAUUUUGUUUUUCAGAUUUUGAGUUUGAUUUGUAUUCUUUUUAGUACUUUAAAUGGGUUUGCAAUUGCAUGAAA